CGCAUCACCGUGUGGAGGAGUAGGUUAGGCAACGAACUCCCCCUGGCAGUGGCUUCUACUGCUGACCUCGUGCGAUGUAAGCUCAUGGAUGUAACUGGUGGCUUGGGCACUGAUGAACUUAGACUGCUCUAUGGCAUGGCGUUGGUAAGGUUGCUGAAUUGUGGAAGUGGACACGUGGACCAGGAGUUCCUGACUUACAAAGUGACUCAGAGUGGUUCUAGCUGUCUCAUGCACAUCGGGGAAAAAGACUGCAACUGAGUUUUCUCAUCUGUCAAAGUCUUUGUUCAUUUCAUGUUGCUCCCCUUGUCUGCCUUGAGGUCUUCCCUAGCUCUUCUUACUUUCUCUGUCAUUAGGCUGUGCUUGCUAUAUCAUUUGAUGUAGUCCUUUUUUCCUAGCAUUUAUAACAUUAUUCUCAAACAUAAUAUACUAUAUAUAGCAUAUUGUAUUAUGUCAUGAUUAUUUAUCCUAGACUGACGUCUUCAAGGCUAGAACAGUGUCUUAUUCAUCUGUAUAGCUUCAAUACAGGCCAGACUCUCAUUAAAUAUUGGACUGGAUGGAAUCUCCCUGUUCUGGUUGACACCAACCAUAAGAACAGGACAGAACAGUCAGUGGAGAGGUUGUAGAAAUGCAAGGUGUCAGUAACUUAGCAAGGUUUUUUGAAACCCCAUUGAUUUGAGUUCACCAGUUACUUGGGCUGUGCCACUUAUUUCUUCCCCAACUUCAGGUUUGUGAAUCUGAUCUCGGAGAGGAAGACAAAGUUUGUCAAACUGCCCCUCAAGUUCUUGGCUCAGGAGGUGAACAUUCCAGAUUGGAUUGUUGAACUCCGCCAUGAGUUGACCCACAAGAAAAUGCCCCAUAUAAAUGACUGCCGCAGAGGCUGCUACUUUGUCCUGGAUUGGCUCCAGAAGACUUAUUGGUCCCGCCAACUGGAGAACAGCCUGAGAGAGACUUGGGAGUUGGAGGAGGACAGGGAAGAGACAGAUGAAGAAGAUCAAGACGAAGAUAAGAACAUUGUUGUUGAUGACAUCACAGAACAGAGAUCAGAGCCUAAGGAUGAGGGGAAAGAUGCAGAGCAGGACGGCAGGGCUGAUGGAGACAGCAAAGGCAACAAAGAGGUUGAUUCGCAUUGGGAAAAGUCUCUGAGACAUAAAGAGCUAUAUGAAAGAGCCCGAGAACUGCUGGUAUCAUAUGAAGAGGAGCAGUUUAAGAUGAAGAAAUUAAAACCAUGCGUGCUGGAAAAAUUUAGGCAUUUACCUCAGGCCAUUAAGGCGUGGAAUAACCUGUCCCCACCUGUAGAAUGCAUCCUGGCAGAGCUCAAGGGCAUUACAUGGGAGAACAGGGAGGCUGUGCUGGAUGCUUUUCUGGAUGACGGCUUUCUUAUCCCCACGUUUGAGCAGUUGGCAGCUUUGCAGAUAGACUAUGAAGAUGGGCAGACUGAGGUCCAAAGAGGGGAAGGUACUGAUCCAAAGUCACACAAAAACCUGGACUUGAAUGACAUCCUGGUGCCAAAGCCGUUCUCUCAAUUCUGGCAGCCCCUGCUCAGGGGCCUGCAUUCCCAGACCUUCACGCAGGCCCUGCUGGAGAGGAUGCUCUCCGAGCUGCCAGCUUUGGGGGACAGCGGGAUCCGACCCACCUACAUCCUCAGAUGGACCAUUGAACUGAUCGUGGCUAACACCAAGACUGUAAGCAAUGCCCGCCGAUUUUCUGCAAACCAGUGGGAAGCAAGAAGGAGCUGGAGGCUAUUCAACUGCUCUGCCUCCCUUGACUGGCCUCGGGUGAUUGAGUCCUGCGUGGGCUCACCUUGCUGGGCCAGCCCUCAACUGCUUCAGCUCAUCUUCAAAGCCAUGGGGCAGGUCCUACCAGAUGAGGAGCAGAAGAAGCUGCUGCACAUAUGUUCCAUUUAUACCCAGAGUGGAGAAAACAGCCUGGUACAGGAGGAGGUCUCAGAGGCCUCUCCCAUUGGGAAGUCUCCGUACACACUGAACAGCCUGUAUUGGAACCUCAAACCAGUGGGUACCAGCUCUGGGCCUGAAGAAGCCCAGCAGCAGGAGAAGCAGGUCAGCCUCAAUGAUGUCAAAGAAGAUGAAGAGAAAGGGAUCUCACAAGACCAUGUGGAGGAGGAGGAAGAGGAAAAUGGUGACGCAGAGAAGUGGGAGGAGAAUGAUGAUGAAGAUGAUGAUGAGGAGGAGGAGGAUGAAGAUGAGGAGGACGAUGAAGACAGAAUGGAGGUGGGGCCUUUCUCUACAGGGGAGGAGUCCCUCACUGCUGAGAAUGCUAGGUUCCUGGCCCAGAAAAUAGGAGCUUUGCAGGGCUCUGCAUGGCAAGUAAGCUCGGAAGAUGUACGAUGGGACGCCUUCCCCUUAGGCCAAGUACCAGGUCAGACUGAGGACCCAGCAGAGCUUAUGCUGGAGAAUUACGACACCAUGUAUCUUUUGGACCAGCCUGUGCUAGAGCAGCGGCUGGAACCCCCAACAUCCAAAACUGGCACCCUGGGUCUGAGCUGUGGUGUCAGGAGUGGCAGCUGCAAUGACAGCAGCAAUGGCAGCAGCAACUUGGAGGGCCUUCUCUGGAGCCAGGGACAGCUGCAUGGGCUCAAAAUGGGCCUGCAGCUCUUCUGAUGCCUGCCCUAGUACAAGUGUUGAUCCAGCCAUGGUAUGGAAGAGCCCCCCUGACCCCCACCCCCACCUCCACAGUGUUCCUGAUGCUCCAUGAAACAACCUGGGAGAUGGCCCACGUCAGCUCAGUUUUCCACCACAGUGGAAUUUUGAAUAUGUUUUGGGAUUUUUUUCUUUUGUUUUGAAAAACAAUAAACAGGCAACUGUUGUUUAA